GCUGCGGUGUGUACGUUUCUCCUGUCGCUACAAUGAAAGAUGUAAAUAAUUUUUAUUAUAUUUUAUGUAUUUUACAAUCAUGAAUAAAUAUGCUUGUUACAGGAUCUCGCUAGUCUCUUGUCAUACUUCACUUAUAUAAGCUUUAUUUUUAUUUAUGGCCUAUUAAAAAUGGACAAUUUAUUUCACACAUAAACACCAGGAAAAUAGUUAUCAGCUGUUUUAAUGUAAUUACCUCAUGCGAAACACUGCUUUUACUUUUACUCGCUUUCAUUCCCCUUUUCAUCUGUCCUUCUAUCUGUCUCUCCUUUCCUUACUUCACAGUCUUCUCUAAACGGUGAAGCUUCCUGCAUCUUCUGCAGUGUGGUUUUAAUGCUCACGCUUGUCUAUAAUCAGAAGAGAUGGACAGGACGAAUGAAGACUAACGUUCUAUAUUCUUCUUUUUCAAGAAUAACAUACGACAUGCAUCUCGAUGUGUAUCAACAAGAUACAUUUAAUACAGUCAACACUUUUAUCCAAACCAACAUCCAAGAGAGGCUGAAUCUGAUCCGAGCGCAGAGCCGAGAAGUGGAGGGUUGUGGAGGGUUGUGGUUUUGCUCAAGAGCUUUCUCUGGAAGCUGUAUUGAAAACCGUGAUAUUGGAUUGGACGAUUCUCCCACCGUUCCAAACCAGCUUCCCAUUUCUAGCACUCAUAUCUUCCUCAUCAUCCUCAUCAUUCUCAUUGCUUCUCCUCGGCUGUUUCCUGGCUCUCGGCCCAUGUUCAGCCUGGGAGGCGUCUCAGGAGAGCCCAGAAGAACUCAAACAGUCCGACUCUGUGAGUUCAGUUUGGCUGAUCUGAGGGGGAGUGUACACAGUAGCUUCCACAGCUCGACUCUACAGACCUCUCCAACAUCUCCAACAGCCUCAUCCUGCUUUUCCAAAGAAGCAAGAGCAGGAGCAGCAGAAAAGGAGGGAAAUAUAGCGAAUAAAGAAAUGGCUGCGGUCAGUGCAGGUCCGCUAACAGAGGAACAGCUUGCAGCCAUCCAGGAUGAGCAAGUGCUGAAUGACAUGCUGGACAAGGCUACAGAUUUCGAGGAAAGAAGAAUGAUCCGUGCCGCCAUGAGAGAACUGCUGAAGAAAAAGCGGGAGCAGAGGGACCGAGAGCGCGCGGCGCGGCAGGAGAACCUGCGUCAGCAGGGUGUGUGUGUGGGACCAAAACCAGCCAAUGGCCCCAGCAAUGUUCAGUCACACACACACAAAACAGCUCAAGUGAAGUCUCCUAGUCCAGCACCCACAGGCUCACUCCCUAAAACAUCGGGAAGUGUGGCUGGUCCUCCCGCUGCUGGAGUCAGAGUGCCCCGAGGCUCGGCGCUCGGCGGCCCGAACACCAAAGACGUGAAACAGAUGCUGCUGGACUGGUGCAGAGCCAAGACUGAACCAUACGAGGGUGUGAAUAUACAGAACUUCUCGUCGAGUUGGGCUGACGGUCUUGCGUUCUGCGCUCUGGUGCACCGAUUUUUCCCUGAAGGGUUCGAGUACUGCACUCUGGACCCGUACGAUCGCAAAGCCAACUUUGAGAAAGCCUUCAGAACCGCAGAGACGUUGGGCGGCUGUCCUCGUCUGCUAGACGUUGAUGAUUUGCUGCGGAUGCGGGAGCCGGACUGGAAGUGUAUAUACACCUAUGUCCAAGAGUUUUAUCGCUGUUUAGUGGAGAAAGGACUCGUCAAGACCAAAAAGAAGACCCCUUAACCACACACACAUACACACAGCGCCAAAGGUCAGGGUUUUUAUGGAAGUGAUGUGGCCGAGAUCCAGACCAGAGGGAAAGACCAACACAUGCGCACACACACACACACACACACACACGUGCUUACUCAGGAACAGAGACACGCCUCCUUCAGUCCUGCAACAGAAUGCCAGCACCAAAUAAACCAGUCACCAUCCUCCAGAUGCUGUAAAAACUGCAAAACUGCAUAUGACCACUAGGUGGCAAACUUUGAUCUUUGACUUUUUAUACCACGUUGAAAUGAGAAAUGCACUGUCACAGGUUCCCAAAUCUGGUCAUGGAGAACCCAUAUUUUAGUGUUUUCCCUGCUCUAACACACCCACUUCAACUCAGGAAGGGCUGUUAAUCAGCUGAUUGGUUGGGUUGGGUGAGUUGGGAGCGGGAAAACACUAAAACGUGCAGGACGGGUGCUUCUCCAGGACCAGGGUUGAGGACGUGUGCACUAUGUUGUAACUAUUGCUGCCUUCAAAUCCUCCUCUGAAGUUUGAGCGUACGAGUUGGGCGGUCGUGAUUACGAUGUGGUGUGUGUUCAGGUGGUUUCGGUCAGAAAAAAAUGGACAGCAUGAGAAAAAUGUAUUUAAUUUUAGUUUAUUAAUUAAAGUUUAUUUUGCUUUCCUGAAAGAAAAUGAAGAACUGAACAGUUAACAUGCAAAAUUACCUCUUAAAUUGUACCAUGUGCUGUAAGCUCUUAGAAAAAUGCAAAUUCCUGAGUUGUAAUUACAGCAUUGUCAUGGCGUUCAGGUCCGCUCUCCUCGUACCAUAUUUCUGACAGGACUUGAAGGCAGUAUACAGUAUAUUGCUAUUCUGAUUUUUUUUUUUUUUUUAAAUAAAGUAUUACUGUUUGUCACAA